UUACAAAUUAUGAAGAUUAUACGAAGGCUAAGAUGAUGAGUUGCAAUGGAACAACUUUCUACGAUUCAUUCUUUGUUGACGAAUGACGGUUUUGGUUUAAUCAUCUAAAUUAAACUAAAAACAAGUGAAAUAUCCGGAUUCAGAAUAAUGGAAAUGGGGUCUCCUUGCAGUUGCAGAACACCAUCAAACUCUCGCAACAACCUGAAAAGCUCUUCAUGUUCAUCUUCAUCUUCAAAACGGAACCGAAUUUCGGAAUCAAUCAAAGGCAAAUCCUGCGCAAUAUGCCUUAAUCAAAUAUCCGGUCACCGCCCUGCCGUAAUCAACCAUUGUUUACACGCCUACUGCCUUGCCUGCCUUCUUCGAUGGUCUCACUACAAGCGAACUUGUCCUCUUUGCAAUUCCCAUUUUGAUUCCUACUUUUCCCCUUCUUCUAUCUCUUCCUCUUCUUUUCAUUUGCAUCAUUUGCUCCCUCUCUCUUCCCUACCCUCUCCAGAUCAUUCUAGACCCCGCCAUACCCGUGCUGUUGAUAUCUUUAGGGCACGUUGGAGAAGAAGGGAGCAAAAUAAUGCGGUGAAUUCGCGUUCAAGGCCUGUACCACGGCUAAGAUCAUUUCGUCGAGGAGAGUCUGUUCCUUCUGAGGUUACUACAGAAAGGAUUCUUCAGUGGCGUGCCAGCAUAUACAAGCGUGGUUUUUCGGCUGUUCCCUUUUCUUCUAGGAAUCUUCAGAGCCCGAACAUGUCACAGAGUAAAAAAAAAAUACUACAAAGAAUAGAACCAUGGAUCCAAAGGGAGUUGCAAGCUAUACUUCAGGACCCGGAUCCAACUAUUAUUGUUCAUGUGGCUACAUCACUGUAUCUUUCUAGAUUUCACAUGACUGGAGACCUCUCAACAGCAAUUGAUAAUGACGAUGGCUUCCUUGACCCAUUGCGACGAUUUUUGGGUGAAUGGACGGAUAUGUUCUGGCAUGAGCUUAGAUGCUUUGCAGAAAGCACUUUUUCGAUGGUUACUUAUGAUGAAGUAGUUGAGUACAGAAGAGAGAAUAACAGCUAAACGGAUAGUUAUCUCCGUGGCGUAUGAUGCACUGAGUUGGAAACUUGCAUGUUGUGGUGGUGAAAAGAGGAUUUUGAAUCUGGAUCUGGAAAUGGUUGGAACGGUGCGUGCUGGCUUGUCAUCAUUCUUUUUGCUCCAUUUUGAUAAUGCUGAGAGCCUGAGGCAGGUAUCAUGUCUUCGAUCUUGAAACUAGCUGUUGUUGUACUCAGAUUCUUGAGGCUUGGUAUCAAAUGGCCCUUCUGUGUAUGAAACAGGCACACAAUGGGAAGUACUCUGUUCAUCAAUUGCGGAUUAUCGCAAGGAAAGCUGAGAUUUUGCUAGCUAGCCGUUUUCAAGAUUCGUUAUUUGUUCUUUUAAAUUAGUGUCUUUAUAUCAAGCUUUUUGAUGACUAGAGUGUUUGACAUUAUGUGUAUUCAUCAAUUGCGGGGCUUUAAGAAGGAGCUUCAAUGGCGGUAAUUUUAAUGCCAAAGCUUCAAUAAGGGAGCUUCAAGAAUCACAUUUGGAUUUUGCAAGUCCAUUUUGCUUAAGAAGAGAAAAAGUCCCCAACAAUUUCAGAUCAGUGAUUAUACAAACGAAGCAGAAAAAAUUGAUUCACUAAGAACCCCAGUUUGAGGUCGAUUAAAUCAAAUCGGGGUUCAGGGAAAUUGAGCAAAUCACAUGGCACUUGAUCUAUCUUACCAGCACAACAAAGCCAAAAUGUCGAUACUGAAAGAUUGAAGUUUACUACAUAAACCAACAUAUCAGUCAAUUGUCAUCUCCCGAAGUCGACACAGACUGUUCCGUUCACUUGAUUGUUCACUGAUAAAUGACAGAAUGUACAAUGCUUGCUUAGUAUCAAUAAAUUUGCAAAUCGUAUCAUUAUUACA